UCAACAAGCUUCAGCAACCAACCAAGAACAAAUAACAACCAUCUUAGCUGUUUCUUUUGUCAUCUUUCUUUUCCUUUUUUAUUUUUCUUUAUUUCUUUCUUGACCAAUUCCAGCUUCUUCCUAGCUGCUUGUUGUAUUCAUACAAAAACUUGGUGUUCUUUUGUUUUCUUGAGAAAAGUCAACUUAUUCAAAGUAUCCAAAUCAAAAUUCUUCUAAACUUAAAUCCAUUUUCAUCUCUUUUCUUUUGGCUUUUUUCUGCCAAAAAAUCUCUUCCCAGAUGAAGGAAAAUCUGUUACUUACUCUGUUAUUAUUAUUAGAGUAUUAACUUCUUCUGUUUGUUGUUCUGAGUUUCCAUGAACUUGAUCCAUAUAAUCAAAUCAAAUCAAACAAACAAACAUGGAACCCAAAAAGCUUAAGCAAGUAAGUUUCUAUGAAAACAGAAAUCAGACAUUCAAUCAUAAUUAUACAUCAACAGAAAAAGCAUCAAAUACAAACAAACAAAGCAGUCCAUUACUAAUUAGCAAUAGCAAUGGUGUGGGUUUUGGAAGUGGCAUCAACAGACUAGGGGAAGCUUUAAAGUUGCCAACUUUAAAUUUGAGAGUAUUCUCAAGAAAUGGUGGGAAACAUGAAGAAGAAGAAAAAUGGUGGAAGAGAACCUUAGAUCCUUCAAGUGAGGUGGUGUUAAAAUGGAACCGUAUAUUUCUAGUUGCUUGUUUAAUUGCACUCUUUGUUGAUCCUUUAUUCUUUUAUCUCCCUCAAGUAGACAACAUAAAUAAUUCCUUUUGUAUGUCAAGGAAUGUACCAUUGGGUGCUGUUGUUACCUUCUUUCGUACACUAGCCGAUAUCUUCUAUUUCUUACAUGUGCUUGUAAGGUUUCGUACAGCUUUCGUGGCACCUAGUUCUCGGGUUUUUGGAAGAGGUGAACUUGUUAGGGAUAGGAAACAGAUUGCUAGGAGGUAUAUCAAAUCGGGUUUCUUCAUUGAUCUUAUUGCUGCAUUGCCUCUUCCUCAGAUUGUGAUAUGGUUUAUUAUACCAGCAAUUAAGCUCUCUAAUGCAAGAAGCACCUAUAACGCGCUUCAGUUAAUUGUUUUCAUCCAAUAUAUUCCAAGGUUAUAUCUCAUCUUCCCCUUGAGUACAGAGAUAAUCAAAGCUGCUGGAGUUGUUACGAAAACAGCUUGGGCUGGAGCUGCCUAUAAUCUGCUUCUGUACAUGUUAGCUAGUCAUAUUUUAGGGGCGGCUUGGUAUCUACUGUCUGUCCAAAGAUUUUCUUCUUGUUGGAAUUCAACCUGCAGAAGUGAAGUUUCCCCUAUCACAUGCCAUCUCAGAUUCUUGGAUUGUAGUACUAAAGAUGAUGCAGAUCGUAUCAUUUGGGCAAAUAGCACCAAACUGUUCUCGUCGUGUGAUCCUAACAACCCAGAUACUACUUUCGAAUAUGGUAUUUUUCUAAGCGCAAUGUCAAAAGAUGUGUUCUCUGAGAAUUUCAUUGACAAGUACUUCUAUUGUUUGUGGUGGGGAUUACAACAGUUGAGUUCCUAUGGUCAGAAUUUAGAAACAAGCACAUUCGUCUGGGAAAGCUCAUUUUGCAUUCUCAUUUCUAUAGUGGGUCUGGUUCUGUUUGCUCUCUUAAUCGGUAACAUGCAGACCUAUCUGCAAUCAAUCACUUCAAGGCUUGAAGAAUGGAGGCUUAGGAGGCGCGACACUGAGGAGUGGAUGAAACAUCGCCAGCUCCCUCCACACUUGCGAGAAAGAGUGAGACGGUUUGUUCAGUACAAAUGGCUGGCAACCCGAGGAGUCAAUGAGGAAGCAAUCCUCACUUCCUUGCCAUUGGAUCUACGCCGUGAUAUCCAGAGUCAUCUUUGCUUGGAUCUUGUUCGACGAGUCCCUUUUUUCGCUCAAAUGGAUAAUCAACUACUGGAUGCCAUAUGUGAGAGGCUGAGAUCUUCGCUAAAUACAGCAGGCACAUUCAUUGUUCGAGAGGGCGAUCCAGUUACAGAAAUGCUCUUUAUAAUAAGAGGGAAACUAGACAGCUCAACCACAAAUGGAGGACGGUCAGGUUUUUUCAAUUCAAUCAUAUUAAGACCAGGAGACUUCUGUGGUGAAGAGCUUCUUGCUUGGGCUUUACUUCCAAAUGCUGCUAGUUUUCCAUCUUCCACAAGAACAGUGAGAGCACAAGAGGAAGUAGAAGCUUUUUCAUUACAAGCUGAGGACCUCAGAUUUGUAGCAAACCAGUUUAGGCGUUUGCAUAGUAAAAAGCUACAGCAUACUUUCCGGUACUAUUCUCAUCAUUGGCGAACAUGGGGAGCCUGCUUUAUUCAAGCUGGUUGGAGACGAUUUAAGAAAAGAAAGAUGUCACAAAGUCUGAGCUCAAGAGAGUCGUUCUCUAGUUCUUUUACUGAGUCGACUUCAUUUUCCCAUUAUGAAAAUGUUGAUCAAAACAGCAAUAAUGGUGGAACUGGAGAAGCUUCAUCUCAGGCUAUCCAACAGCUCGGAGUCACUCUUUUGGCGAAAAGAUUUGCAGGAAAUGCUCGAAAAGGUGCCCAAAGGGGUAGGGAUAUUGAGUUGCCUAAGAUGAUGAAGCCUCAAGAUCCUGACUUCUUCGCUGAACCUGAACCUUGAAUACUAAUCAUCAGAUAAGGAAAAAAAAAAACAUAGGUUACUGCGCCUUACUGUGCAAAAUGUGUAGAAUUGUUUACUUUUACCCCUCUUUUUUUGGGUGAUAUGUUACCUGAUUAGUUGUACAUUUAUAUUGGCUUGUGCAGAUUGUAAACCAAAUUUGUGAUUUUGACAGAAACUUUUAGGAAGUAAUCUUAAUUGAAGGAAACAUACUGCUAUUUGACAA